AUGAAGACACAAGUAUCUGAAAUUGAAAAGCAAAUUGAAAAUAAUCCCACUGCAGAGGAAAAUGUCAAACCCAUGAAGAAUAUUCUACGUGAGGAAAUGCUGAAAUUAUUCCAAUAUCCAAUGCAACAACAAAUUGUAAAGAGAUUGCAACAAAAUCAAGGAACACCUGAGGGUGGAGUUUCCAUUCCUUUGAUUCCAUUAAAUCCAAAAUCAAGACCAACUGUUGUACAAAUUUGUGGAGUGAAUGGAUCUGGAAAGACAACAACUAUUGGAAAAUUAUUACACAAGUAUAGAGAAUCAGGAACUGUUAGAAAUAUUGUUGUUGCAGCUGCAGAUACAGUCCGAGCAGCAGCUCCAGAUCAAUUGAGAACUUGGGUUGAACGUACAAGUGGAUGUACUCUCGUCGAUUUGACAGAAUCUGAAAAAUUGAAAAAACAACACACUACAACUCCUCAACAAGUCAAAGUUAAGAAUAUUAGACAAGUGAGUUAUAAGGUUCCUGCUGAAAGUGUAGUUUAUGAAGCCAUUCAACAAGCUUUGAGAAAGGAAGAUGUUGACCUUGUUUUUGUUGACACUGCAGGAAGAUUGCAAAAUCAAGAAGCUUCAAUGAAAGAAUUGAGUUUAAUUACUGAAAUGUGUUCCAAGUCGAGAAAGGGAGCACCUGAUCAUACAUGGCUCAUUCUCGAUGGUACAAUAGGUCAAAAUUCUAUACAACAAGCCAAACUAUUCCAAAAGUAUGUGAGAAUUUCAGGAAUUAUUGUCACUAAAUUGGAUGGAAGUGCCAAAGGAGGUGUCAUUCUUGCAAUUGCCAAUGAAUUGAAAAUCCCAGUUCUCUACAUUGGUUUGGGAGAAAGUGUCAGUGAUUUGAAACCUUUUUAUCCUGAACAAUUUGUUGAUUCCAUCUUGUCAGUAGCCUCAGCAGAGGAAAAACAAACAAAAUCAGAAGAGGAUGAUGAAUAA